GCGCCCCGCGACGCGCCACCACCCGAGCCGGAGCCCGCGGCCCUGCUCGACGCGGUCUUCGGAGGCGACGGGGACGCGCCCGCGGCGCCGCCGUCGAGCAAUUGGAGGGAGCUCCGGACGGCCGACGGGCGAUCGUAUUUCUGCGACGCGGCGACCGGAGAGGUGCGGUGGGAGGAUCCCGAUGCGGCGCUUCGCGCCAGCGGUGCGUGGACGGAGGCGACGACGCAAGGCGGCGAACGCUACUGGUACCACACGGCGACGCGGGAGAGCUCCUGGACGGACCCGACCCGCACCGACAAAGCCUGGGCGCUCAGCAGGACGGCCGAGGGCUACGAGUUCUGGUACCACACGGCGAGUGGCGAGACGUCGUGGGAGCCGCCGUGACUUUAAGUGUCUUGUGUGUGUAGCCACCGCGACCGCGCGAGCCGCUCCGAGUACUAGCGCGAGGCGCCGCGUCCUUAGCCCUCUGGAGAAGCCUCCGGCGGGCGCCAGGACCCGUCGGGACGUCAUAGCCGCCUCGUCAAUCGUGCGGGUCCGCAUCUCUGGACGCGCAGGAGCGCUAGCAUCCCGCCGUAGCGUACGACUCCUGUGCGGCCGACGCCCACGAGGACGCUUGUUCGGUCACGUCGGAGACAGCGCAGCCAAGGGGGCAGCAGCGCCAGCGGCGAGUAGCUCUCCGGGGCAGCUACAUACAACCCAAGGGGGGCAGCGCAAGCCCGCCCGCCGCCGCGACACAGCUAGGAUGGCCGACGCCUUCGCGAAACCCAACAAGCUGAAGGAUGCCGGCAAAAAAGUAGUGGCCGCCAACAGAGUCCAGGACACCGAGAAUAAACCGAAACUCAAGAAGAAGCGCAGGAAGUUACCUGAUCAAAAAAUUAUUGAUAAGCUCCAAGCCAAACUAAGAGCAGCAUGCAUGGACACGAAGCCGAGCAAGUUCUUCAGCAAGUUCGACAAAGAUAAGAGCGGCGACCUCUCGGUCAAAGAACUCGAGAAGUUGAUACGGACGUCCCUCAAGAUCACGAAGAAAGAACUGAGUGAGAAAGAUAUAUCUGCGUUAGUGCAGGCUCUCGAUGAUGACGAUUCCGGGAGUAUUAGUAUCGAGGAGCUCGGGGACUUCGUCGAGUUCGGUGCUGCGACGUUUUACGGGAAUGAGGUCACGCGAGACGGCAGUACAACAAAAUGGGGCGAGUCCAAGGGAGACUCCGAGGCCAUGAAGUCGAUAAAAAGGAAAUCUAGGGCGAAGAAAAGAAAAAAAUUGGACGAAGACCUCAUGGAGAAGUUCCGGACCAAGCUGCAGGCCGCUACUUUUGGUUCUUCACCGUCAGAGUUAUUUAAAUCAUUUGAUAAAUCGGGAGAUGGGUUACUCGAUGCCUCGGAGUUAACGUCAUUAGUACGCAAAGAAUUGAAGAUAGCCUCCUCCGAGUUGACAGAUGACGACAUCAAGCAGUUCGUGAGCGCCGUCGACGACGACAAGUCCGGCACGCUGGGUUUAGAGGAAUUGGCCGACUUCGUCGAGUUUGGCACCGCGACGUUUUACGCCGAUAGCGAGACCGCUUCGGAACGUUCUAGAUCGUUAUCGCCGGACCGACAGCGCUUGAAAUGGGGGGAAAGAGCUGAGGAAUCAGCAGCUGCUAAGGAGGAUAGGAAGGCGCGGUUGGCGAAGAAAAGGCGGCCCGAUUUUGAUGAGGAUCUCAUGAAGAAACUACAAGGUAAAUUGCAGGCCGCGACCUUCGGCGCAGACCCUCUGGAGAUCUUCCAGAAGUUCGACAAGGAUGGGAGCGGUGAUCUGGACGAAGGAGAAUUGACGCGCCUCAUCAGACUCGAACUCAAGGUCUCGGAAAAUGACUUACCGAAUGACAUGAUCCAGGCCUUCAUGCGCGCCAUCGACGAUGAUGGGGAUAAAGUAGUAAAUGUCGGGGAACUGGCGGACUUUGUGCAAUUUGGCAUGGUGACGUUCUAUGCCGACGCUGCUGAGACGGCCGCGAAGGCGAAGGAAUUGGGGAUGGAAGGUAAAUUAGCUUGGGGGGAACGGGCUGCCGAUCCCGAUUUGUCUUCAGAAAAUUUGGACCAGAAACGCGGGAAACAGCAUCUUGGGAGUCUGAGCGCCGCUCAAAAGAUCCUGGACGAGGAAAUCUCCACGAUUACUGAACCGGCACCGGUGCUGAAGCGGCCCUCUUCGUUUGUCGAGCGGGAUUACGCCGACAUGGAGGACGAGAUACGGACCUUGGAGGCUCGAGUCUCGGAGCUGAAGCGGCGCCAGGCGGCUUCUAGGAAUACUUCUCGCGUCACUGGUGUGUAUCAUCCACCAGACAAAGCCAUCAGCGAGGACGCUUUGUAUAUUGACGCCUUACUCCAGGAUAGCGAGUUGAGGCUAGAUGACUGCGGCCUAGAGCCGGCUCUGCAAGCUUAUAAAGAGUCCAUCGCCCAAGAACACCCGAACGACGUCGCCGCGGCGACGGCGCUCCUCAAGAUCGGCGCCAUGCUCCGCGACGUCGCCGAGGGCCGCGAGUACACGUUAAAAACUGCGUCCGAGGUCCAGAAGCGCGCCGUGCACCGCGCCGCGACGGGCUUAUCGAAGGACCACGCUUUGGCCCUGGCGGCGCGACGGGCCCUCGGCGGGACGCUGGCGUUGCUGGACGACAAGCAGGGCGCGCGGGAGCAGUUCCGGGUGGUCUUGCGGUUCCUCGAGGCGCGCGAGCCGGCCUGCCCGCCGGCUCUCGUGGAGGAGAUGCGGAGGCUGCUGGAUGGGGUCGGUGGUGGUGGGGGGGAGUAGGUUUCUUUGUUGUGAGUCUUGGCUUUGUUGGUGCGACGUGCGGCGACCAACCGGCUCUCGGGCCGACACGGGUCUCGAGGGCCCUUAGUGCGUCCUGGAGAGGUGUGGUGUCGGUCUUCUGCGGACUUUCGUGUGGGCGGUCGAGACGAGACGGUCCCUCGACUCGUCCGCGGCGCCUUGUGUCUCGCGCGGCGUAUAAGCACAUAAAUACUCCGCAACACACAGCGCCCGCUGCGCGCGACUCUCAGACACAUGAGAAGCCCCCCACGCCUUUGGCGCCGUGGCGCCGCGUCUGCCGCGCUGCGAAAGCAGGAGGCGCCAAGAAUUCAUUCAAAGGCGCGCGGCGCCGGCGCGAUGCCGCAGCGCGCGCGCUCACACACGCGCCGCCGCAGCCGCAGCGCAGCGCUGCGCUGCUUUUUGACCUCGUUUCCCGCGCAGGUAACAAAUCUUCUUCCCGCCGCCGCACACCGUACGCGCCAGCGCAAAAUCAAUUCGCCCCGUCUACGCCAUCGCCACCACGCCCUCCACGCGCGCAGCCCAACCAUGUCGUCCCCCGCCCUCGCCGAGAACACCAACGCCGCGCCGGCCGCCGCCGAGCCGGUCGUCGCCGCCAAGAAGGCCAAGACCUCCGUCGAGGGCAAGGCCUCGCCGACGAAGGUCGUCGAGGCGCCCGCCUCGACGGAGGAGCCCAAGCGCAAGGAGUCGGGCGAGGGCGCCGUCGCCGAGAAGCCGGCCGAGCCCGCGGCCGAGCCCGCCAAGGAGGUCCCGGUCCCGCGUCGUCAACGUUUGCUCCACGCCAUCGAGCUUUGCGCUGGCCCAGCGGUCGACCGGUUUGCACACAGGCCGCCGCCGCGGAGCCCGCCAAGCCCGAGGCCGCCAAGCCCGCCGAGGAGCCCGCCAAGGAGGCCGCCGUCGAGGCGCCCAAGGAGGCCGCCGCGGCGCCCGCCGAGGAGCCCAAGGCCGCCGAGCCCGCCAAGGAGCCCGCCGCGGAGCCCGUCGCGGAGCCGGCCAAGGCCGAGGAGCCCAAGGC